AAUUACAGACAACUCUCUCAUUAAUGGAUGAAUUCCUGAAGUCUUUGGAUAUUAAACUAUCUUCAAAUGUACCCUGAAGAACGGUUGCUUGAUCAAAGGACUACAUUUUUCAGGUUGUAGCCAGGGUAAUCCCAGAAGAUGGUAAACCAGACUGAAGGUUAUGUCUCAGAAUUAAUAACUCGCUCCACGACUGCUUUUCUGCUUUUCAUUUUUGUGCUCUCCACCUUUCUAGGGAAUGCUCUGGUGUGCACCGCAGUGGUACGGUUCCGUCAUCUGCGCUCCAAAGUGGCGUAUGUGUUUGUAGUGUCUUUGGCUGUCUCAGAUCUUUUAGUAGCCUCUCUUGUAAUGCCGUGGAAGGCAGCCACUGACAUUGUGGGUUUCUGGCCAUUCGGCAGUUUCUGUGAAGUAUGGAUAGCCUUUGACAUCAUGUGUUCCACUGCCUCCAUUCUUAAUCUGUGCAUCAUAAGUGUGGAUCGUUACUGGGCUAUUGCUAUCCCUUUGAGCUACGAGCAGAAAAUGACAAGAAGAGUAGCAUUUGUCAUGAUUGGAGUGGCAUGGAUGCUCUCUAUUCUGAUCUCAUUCAUUCCUGUGCAGCUGAGUUGGCAUAAGAGUCUGCGCCAUAAAGAAGACCUGGGAGAAAUCGGUGAAAAGUGUGAUGCCAGUUUAAACCGCACUUACGCCAUCACUUCAUCUCUAAUCAGCUUCUACAUCCCUGUCUCCAUAAUGAUUGUCACAUACACUCGCAUCUUUCUUAUAGCGCAAAGGCAGAUCCGAAGGAUAUCAAUGCAAGAGUGUACCAUUAAGCAUGUUCAGUCCUGCCAGAGCUGCAAUAAAGCACCUGAAGAGAAGUUAAAAAGCGCAUUUAAGAGGGAAACCAAAGUCCUGAAAACCCUGUCGAUGAUCAUGGGCGUGUUUGUCUGUUGUUGGCUCCCUUUCUUCAUUCUCAACUGCAUGGUGCCAUUUUGUGACCCUGGCCUCCACAACACCGGACAGAUCCCAUGUGUCAAUAAGACGACUUUUGAUGUUUUCGUGUGGUGUGGAUGGGCAAACUCUACCUUGAAUCCUGUAGUUUAUGCAUUUAAUGCAGAAUUCCGCAAAGCUUUCUCCAGUCUCUUGGGAUGUGGGAAGUUGUGCUCUCGGAAUACUGUGCAAACGGUUGACUUCAGCAAUGAGCUGGUGUCGUACCAUCGCGACUCCACAAACCUUCAAGACAUUCACCUCUUCAGUCACCCAUGUCUGCAUCCGCAUGCUGUCAGGGAGGAAAGUGAUAAAGAUAUAUGCUUUGAUACAGUGUCAAAGAUGGCUGAAGUCCAUUAUGAAACGGAAUGUACCUUUGUAUAUGGGGAAAGGACUCAUAUGCUAAGUCAUGGAGAAACAGAAUUAUCACUGGAUAAAAUCAUACCAUUUACAAAAGAGGAUGAUUUAGCAUCUCUUGAACAUGUGGCUCAUAAUGAAAGUGAAUCUCCUAGUAUAUCUGGAAUAUUGUGAUCUUUAUGUUUUGAAAAUAAUUCUACUUCUUAUGCCUACUUUUACUUCAAACUGAGUAAGACCAUGAGUAAUUGAACAGGCUUGACCUGUUUUUGAGUGCUGUUUUCUCCAUUACUCUGCUCAUGAAUCAUUCAAAAGGUCACUCAUUGUGAGAUAGAUAGAUUCCAUACCAUAAAUUGAUUUUAAUAUAUAAAGCUAAUAAUGUAGUACCAACCAUUAUUUCUAUCUGAAUAACGCUCAGUCUUUUUCAGUUAAAUGUGUUAAUGGCGGAAAUAAUAAUCAUGUGUCUGUCAUCUUGAAGAUUUUGUUUAUACUGGAAACAAAUAACACCUGACUUUGAAAGACUCCUUUAUUCACUCCUAAAGGGAGAAGGCACUAACAGACUGACAGGUUUUUUCUUCUUCUUUUAUAAUGCUUCCUGCUUUUGUUACCUCGUAUUAUUUGAUGAACUUUGAAUAUCUACAUUUGCCAAUCCACAAGCAAAAACAAUGAAAAUUGUGAAAAACUUCAUCAAAAUGAAGUCACGAAUGAAACCAUGUCCAGUGACAUUAACAUUACCAUUUACAUUCACAUAAAUUUUAAGGAAAAACCUUUACGUUUAUUUUUAUACAAAAAAGAGGUCUGUCCAAAGUUUUAAAUGGCUUUUAAUAAGAAAAUUUGUCCUUAAUUUAAAAACAUGACAUUCAAAAAUGUACAUUAAGCAGAUUUACAGAAUGAUAAUAAUAAUCUUCUGACACCAUUUAUUUUUUAUUUAUUUUUUUAUUGUAGUAAAACAGGUUUUGGACAAAAUAUAGGUUUAUGAGUAAAAGGUAAAAACAAUAGUAUAUACACACACACACAAAAAC